AUGGACAGUCUUGAUCUGCCGCCCAGUACAUCCUCAACAGCCCCCAGCCAGGCCUCCCGGGGAAAGCGAAAACGGUCCUCAGCGGAGCUGGAGCGAGCUGCGGCAGAUCCGCAAGCACAGCCCCUCUCUUCUACCGACAAGCCCACUGUGGAAUGGCCGCCCUCAUUCAAGGCCUUUGCGCGAACGCACAAGGCGCUGAACCUCGUUUUCACGUUCUGCUGCACACGCAAACACCUGGCAACAACCUUUGACACAAUCAAACCGGCCGUUGAGUCUCACACCAAGAGGCAACUGACAAUCGAGGAAGUGGCAAUGGUCGUAGCCCUACGCCCAGAAGGUGUCAGAUUUGCCUACGUGGACGAGCUGACGCUGCAGCUUGACAUCCGAAGCUCAGAGAGGGACGAUAUGUUCAAAGCGUCCGGCUCCUCGAGAUCGCAAGCGCCACCUCACGAUGCGUCUGUCGGCGGAUGGUCCGGUCGCGAAACCCUCGACGAGGCCGCUCCCGCCACAACGAAGGUCUUGGUCUUUGAGUUCGUCGAUGGGGAUCUCAAGCGCCAGGUCCGAGAUAAGAAGACCGGAGAGGCCACGCGGCCCAACCGGAGACUGCGAGAAGAAGAGUUGAAGAUGCCCGUCUACAGCCAGAAACAGAUGGCAGAGUUGAUUGAACGCAGGGAGCAUAGGUUUACCAACGCUGUCAAUCUGUUUCUAAACAGCUGCACGGAACAACAAUUGGAUCCGCACCAGACUCUCCGGCGCCGAGCCGAGGCUAUGACCCCAAGGCCUUCCUUGAAAGACAACGAUGACCAGGAGCGGGCGCUGGGCGCCAUUCCCGACGACAUCCCCAGGGAACGCAAGUCCGUCCCUGAGAUCGUUCAGGAGCUCAAGGAUAGUCCCUGGUACACUGGACAAAUCGUGCCCGACGGGCAUCGGGUAUUUGAGCCGCAGGAGCCCGUCUACGGCAACCUCGGAUUCCUACUCAGCCAGAACUUGGUGAAUGCUCUAUACAAUGCCAAGGGCAUCACACAACUCUACGCACACCAAACAGAGGCACUGAAUGCCCUCCACCAGGGGCAAAACAUCGUCGUCGCAACGUCCACCAGCUCUGGCAAGUCGCUGGUAUACCAGCUUCCGGUGCUGCGCGCCCUGGAGGGGGAUUGCAACUCAAGAGCCAUGUACAUUUUUCCCACAAAGGCUUUAGCUCAGGACCAAAGGCGGAGCUUGAAGGAAAUGAUGGCAUGGAUGCCGGGAUUUGAGGACACUGUCGUCGAGACGUUUGAUGGCGACACCCCGAUGAGUGCGCGGAACUCCAUAAGAGAUGAGGCGAGAAUUCUCUUCACCAACCCCGACAUGCUUCACGUCACCAUCCUCCCCCAGGAGGAGAGAUGGAGGACUUUCCUCAAGAAUCUGAAGCAUGUGGGCAAAUUAGUCGAUGAACUUCAUUACUAUAACGGGCAGAUGGGCUCUCAUGUUUCCUUCAUCAUGCGGAGACUGAGGCGAGUGUGUGCUGCCGUCGGCAACCGACGACUCACGUUUAUAUCCUGCUCUGCCACCGUCGCGAAUCCCAAGGAGCACUUCGAAACAGUGUUUGGCGUCGAAAAUGUGCGUCUCAUCGACUAUGACGGUUCCCCAUCGGGGCGCAAGGAAUUCCUGUGUUGGAAUACUCCGUUCAAGGACCCCGGCGACCCCACCAGCGGUCGUGGUAGCGCCAAGCUUGAGUGCGCACGUUUGUUCUGCGCCCUAAUGUUGAGAGGCGUCCGCAUCAUAGCCUUCUGCCGCGUUCGCGCCCAGUGCGAGGCGUUGGUCAGUGCCGUCAAACAGGAGCUGCAAUCACUUGGCCGCCCAGAGUGCGCUAACCUGGUCAUGGGGUAUCGCGGGGGCUAUACGGCUCCUGACCGUCGGAGGAUCGAAGCCGAAAUGUUUGAAGGAAAGCUCCUGGGCAUCGUUGCAACGACAGCCCUGGAGUUGGGCAUCGACAUUGGCACCCUCGACUGCGUCAUGACUUGGGGGUUUCCCUACACGAUUGCCAAUCUGCGCCAGCAAAGCGGCCGGGCGGGACGGCGCAACAAGGAUUCUCUCUCGAUCCUUGUCGGUGACUGUUUCCCGACCGACCAACACUUCAUGCAGAACCCGGACGAGCUGUUCACACGGCCCAAUGCGGAGCUCCGGGUCGACCUUGAAAACAUGCUGGUCCGAGAAGGCCACAUCCAGUGCGCAGCGCACGAGAUGCCCAUCAGGCCGGAGCAAGAUGCCCAGUACUUUGGCCAGGACCUAGCCGAGAUAUGCGGGGAGAGACUGGUGAGGGGCGAAACGGGGUUUUAUCAUUGCCAUGAUCGGUUUCGCCCCAGGCCAUCACGAUAUGUGGCCAUCCGAGACACGGAAGACGAGCACUUUGCCAUUGUCGACAUCACAAACGGAAGAAACGUGGUCCUGGAGGAGUUGGAGGCUUCCAGGGCGACUUUUACAAUCUACGAUGGUGCCAUAUUCCUUCAUCAAGGAAACACGUACCUCGUCCGAGACUUUCUGCCAGAUAGACUGCUGGCCAAGGUGGAGAAGGUUGCGGUGGACUGGACCACGACGCAGCGGGAUUUUACCGACAUUGAUCCAACGGAAACGGAAGCGAUCCGCACUCUACCGUCGUCUCUGUCACAGGCAUACCACGGCACCAUCAGGAUCCAGCAGAAUGUGUUUGGAUACUUCAAGGUGGACAAGAAGGGCCGGGUUUUGGACGCCGUUCAAGUGGACAACCCGCCCGUGAUCCGAUAUAGCAAGGGCAUGUGGCUGGACGUGCCGAAGCGAGCGCUCGACAUCCUCCAGGAGCGGCAGCUGAACUCUGCAGCGGCCAUCCACGCGGCCGAGCACGCAGUCAUGAGCUUGCUGCCGACGUUUGUCAUCAGCAUGCCCGAAGACGUGCGGACCGAGUGCAAGGUGGCGCUCAAGGAGUUUGCCCAAAAGGAGACGCAGAGGAAGCGGCCGGCGAGGUUGACGUUUUACGAUGCAAAGGGGGGGGCCAAUGGGUCCGGGAUCAGCACAAAGGCCUUUGACCACAUCGACAGCCUGCUCAGAGUGGCGCUGCAGCGGAUGUGCAAACAGUCCAACGAGGUGAUGAGUAAGGCCGGCAGUCGGGUGGUGCUGCGAAGCCUCUUGAACCUGGACAUCAAGGCCGGGGAAUUGCCCAUGGGCCCCGAGGACCACAGCCCCGCGGGAAUCGAGACGGUUGUGCCAGCGCAGACAGUGCCGGUUGUGAGAAGGCAGGCGGUGCUGCGGAAUGGCGAGGCCGAGACCAACAAGACGAAAGACGGGAAGGGAGGAUGGUGA